UUUUCAUACAUAUACUUAAUACGUGUCUUAUUAAUUAUGCACAUGAUGUUCUGUGCUAUCAUCGAGAGGACAUUUAAUUACAUAAUGAUGCAUAUGGCACGUGCGUGUGAUAGAAUUAAAAGUUUAUGAAAGUGACAGAGCGUGACCACGCCUUUAUGAUCGCCCACAGGGGUGUUGUGUCAAAACUUAGUGAACCUACUACCUAGACAGCAUUUAUGGAUAUCGUACGGAACUCACCGCAUAUGAAUGUACAGCAUUUUUAGCCCUUACUAGGUGUUGACACAACCAGAGUGGAGGAGCCCACACACACCCACCGGUAAACAUACACGCCUCGCUUUAAAGCUGGAAACUUCAAUGCUUUGGUUCAUAUCAGCAAGUAUCUGGCAAAUGGAUUAUUACACUCUGCUGCUGGUGUUGCAGAUGUUACAGUAAGUGUUACUGAAAGUAACGCCGUCUAGCAGCCACACAAGCAGGAUUCAGGUGCUACAAGUCUCCUCUGAUGGUCUCCAUGAUGUGAUGGAGUGACCUAUCAAGCACAAGCCUUCAAUUUACCCACAGUGAUGCUCUUGACACUUUAAGUGAACCAGUCAGUGGCGAUCUAAGACUCAUCUGUUAUCACUUACCCCGAAGCCAUUCAUCAUGAUUGACCUGAGUUAUCUGACAGAGGAAGAGCAAGAGAUGAUCCUAACAGUGCUGAAGAGGGAUGCGGAGCUGAAGAAGUUGGAAGAACAAAGGAUUAAGCAGCUUCGCAAGACUGAGAGAGACAGAGGCAGGCUGAAGUACUUGACUGGGGAGUGGUUUUACGAGACAAAGUACCACAGACACAGAGAUAGGAUCCAUGGCUCCGACAUCAUCAGAGCGUCCAUGAGACAGAGGAAACCCGUGACGAUAUUGGAGCUCUCUCAAAGAUGGUCUGAGAAUCCCACUUGUGUUUAUGGUGAGAAGAAAGAUGUCUACAUUCCUCCAGAGCUUUCAGGACUCAUUGAGGAUCUGUCCACACAAUCACAGAAUGAGAGGGUGGAUGAUGAAGCCCAGCAGGAAAGACAGAGACCUCAAAUCAAGCCUAGGCAGAAUCCAUUCAAUAGUGUGCGAUCACAGAGAAAUGAAGCCAGACUUUUCAAUGGAGUGAAGGAGGCCGACCAGACACCUGCUGAGGAGCCUUUCCUUCCAGCUGAGAACUACACACUCCAUCACACUACUCUAAACACAGACACCACUGACACCUAUGUAGCCACUCAAUGCAAACCUGUGCCAAAAAAGAGACUGCUGCUGUAUUCCUGCAAAGACUCUUCCCUGGACACCGGCAGCAGUGACAGUGGAGUUAGUCAGGUCGUGACCCCUGCUCCCAGAGGCAUCCUGAAGCACAACGGCUCCAGUUGUAGCUCUACCGACUCCCUGCGACUCCACAUUCCCACAAAUGAUGGCAGCAGCAGUCAGUCUUCUGCUACGGUCAGCCCCAUCAGUCCUGAAACUCCCAUCAGCCCUCCUCUUUCCCUCUGUUCAGUGCACUCUGCUUCAGGGUGGUUAGAUAGGAAACAGGUCCGCUUCUCUUCCGUCGUCGGGCCUAUAGAGAGUGUGCAAGGAGAGCACAGUGUGCUGGAAGAAGAUUGGAGUCCUGUGUUGGACCAGGAUAGAAGCGAUAUCACUGAAAACGGUCGUCAUGAGCUUUACGUUGAGCCUCAGUCCUCACAGGUGUCCAACAUCCACAGUUCUACUGAAGUAACAGGUAAGGCCAUUGAGUUAAGUGCAGAGGGCCAGACUGAUAAGGUUACAGUGGAAGAGGGUCGCCCAAUUUCAAAGUUGCUUGAAUGGUUUGGGAGAGGCUCUCGAAAUGGAAAGCUAAAAGAGUCGCCAGUCAAGAGAGAGAUGAAUGAAGAGGAACCAAAAGAAAGCCCAGAAGCUACAUCAGAAGAUUCAGCAUCUCCAGUUUACCAGCCAAACACCAAGCCACCACCAAAGCCCCGUAGGGGGCUUUUUGCAGUGUUUUCGAGAGCAGAGAAAAAAGACAAGAUUCCAGAAGUUCAAGCAUCUGACAAAGAAGUGAUAAGUGAAGAUAAAACAGAAAGUUUAGAAUGUGAACCGUCUUGCACUUUAAGGCCUGAGGCAAAUGAUAAUAUAUUUCAGAAGAUCUCUGUUCCUACAGAGAGCAGGAUGGCUGAAAUAUUACAAGAUAAGAACAAACCAGACAGACUUAUAUGUGAAGAUACUGCUCCAAGAGAGAAGUUUGACCAAGGUGAGGUGUCGCCAGGAAAAAUGGCCACCCUGAAGUCAUUCUGGGAAAAGGGGAACAGAGGACCUAAAAUAAUAAGCAUUAAAAAAGAAGCUGAGGCAGAAGAAAGUGAGACAUCUCACAUUAAUGAGAAUUAUCACAACGCAUUAGACAGAAGGUUGUCAGAUUCAAACAUCAGCCCAUCAAAACCCAAACCCAGUGAUCCAAACCCAGUUGAUGUAGAAUCUACAACAGGUGAGAUUUCUUCAGUCUCACCUAGAAGAGCAUCCAAUGGUGGUGAUUUAUCAGCCAUAUCCUCACAUGAAGAUGGGAACCCUUCUACUUUGGACAGCAGUAAGGUCUCAGAAGACUCAAGCAGUGAACUACAAACUCUCACAAUGAAAACGAAUGUCAAACUGUCACCCAGUUCACUGCUAAAAUAUAACGAUAAUUCUCUAGGCAGUGAGCUACAGGAAGAGUCAAUCUGCAGGGAUAUAUCAGACCUGAAGAAGGAAAUCUCCACCUUCAAAAUGUCCCUCAGUCAACAGGAAGAUAAAGUCUCGAUCAAUGAUCUCAAGUCAUUUUGGGAGAAAGAAAAAAGUGGUCUUAGAGUAAUUGUAGGCUCACCAACAUGUACAGCCAACGUUAAAGACCCGUCCACAGAGUCAUCUCCAAAACGUUCUUCAGUAGGACUUUCUGAACCUCAGUUUGACAUCAGGUCAAACAUCCCAAGUUCCACAGACAGAAUGAGUUUCAAAGAGGUUGGUUUGAUUGCAGAAAAAGAGAAGAUGGAAAAGACUGAGGAAAAACAAAGAAGUCCAAUUAGAGUGCCAUUACAAGACCUUCAAGAUAUCAGAGGGGACAGUGAGGAUGACGGCCCAGUCAAAGCCGCUCUGGAACGAGCCAAUGCCAGACCCAUCUCUAUUUCCAAAAGUCUAGAAGACCUGACAUCCACACCUUUACAGAGAUGGAAGACUGACCCAAGGGGUGAUGUUAGGAAAAGUAUGGAAAAUGUGUCUGCAGUCACUCCCAACACCAAAACGUCCUUCUCCGACCCAGAACAGGUGAAGAUGAUGAGUAUGUCUGUACCUGCAUUCAUGCAACAAGAGAUGGAUUGCGGAAACAGUGACUGUGCAUCAGUGAGCAGUUCCCAAUAUGACAGACUGAGAACAUGCAACACUCCUUCUAAUUUUAGCACUUGCUCUGAGGUGGCCUCAAUGUCCUCUGUCACUGGCAGUGUGAUGAGCAUCUACAGUAGCGAGUUUGGUAAUGUGGAGGUCAAAGGCACAAUCCAGUUCGCCAUUCACUACGUACAAAAACUGGGAGAGUUCCACAUCUUUGUUGUGCAGUGCAAGGACCUCGCCGUAGCGGAUGUUAAGAGGAACCGAUCUGAUCCGUAUGUUAAAUGUUACUUGUUACCUGACAAAGCAAAAUAUGGAAAGAAAAAAACAUGCGUGAGGAAGAAGACUCUGGAUCCAGCUUAUAACGAAAUCCUACGGUUUAAGAUUCCAAUGGAGAUGCUGAAAACCCAGAAGCUGAACAUCUCUGUGUGGCACAAUGACACGUUUGGGCGUAACAGCUUUCUUGGAGAGGUUGAGGUUGAUCUGGCUGAAUGGGAUUUCAAUAACACGCAAAUGAAUGAAUAUCUACUUAAAGGAAGGGUUCAGGUUCCCAUCAGCCCAAAACAUUCUGUCGGUGGUGGGGAAAUGAGUGCAGAGAUUAAAGUAGCUCUGCGUUUUCUUCCGCAGACUUCUAACAGUCAAAAGAACAAGGGGAAUGGUGAGAUGCAAAUAUGGGUGAAAGAAUGCAAGAAUCUGCCUAUUUCCAGGGGUGUUGCCAUUGACCCAUUUGUCAAAUGUGCAGUCCUCCCAGAUGCCAGUCGAAAAAACCGUCAGAAGACCAGAGUGUUGAAGAGGUCUUCUAACCCAGUGUUUAACCACACCAUGGUUUAUGAUGGCUUCAGACAAGAGGACCUCAAAGAGGCCUGUGUUGAGCUUACAGUGUGGGAUCAUGACAGACUCAACAACCACUUCAUUGGGGGUAUUAGACUUGGCCCUGGAACAGGUAAAAGUUACGGCACUGAAGUGAACUGGAUGGACUCUAACGCUGCUGAAGCAGCCUUGUGGGAAAGAAUGAUGCAAUUUCAGAAUGAAUGGGUGGAAGAUGUAUUACCUUUGAGAAUGAUGGUCAUGGCAAGAAUGUCUAGAUAGUAACAAAAUGAGGCAAAUACAUGGAAAAUGAUUAUGUAGGAAGACAGUAUGUAAUGUUAAAUAUAUAUAGAAACUAACUUGAUGGGUCCUUUUGAUGAGGAAAACAAAAAGAAUGAAAAAUAUAAUGUGCCUGUUAUUGUAAAGUAUGUGGGUUUGAUAUCUUUAAAACUAAAUAAAAUAUGUCAAUAUGCUGCAAAUAAGUUAAAAAAGAUCGUUUGUGAAUUACCUUGAGCAUCCUAAGACAAUGUUAUUUUAAUAAACUUUAAAUUGUCCAACUGCCAUCACUUUUAUAUGUAAAUUUUUUUUGAAUACCUAGUAGUGUAAUGAAUAUGAAAUACAUUUUUUGUGUGUAGGGAAAAAACUGGUAACUGCCAAAGUAACAAACUCAAGCAACCGAUUCUGGAAAAAAACAACAACAACAACAACAAAAACCAUCCAUUGUUGCUCCUCCCCCAUGCGAACACAUAUUUACGGGAAGUCUCGCGAUAUCUCUGGACUCGCCAUUUUAGUUCCUCUCAGUGUCGUUGUAAGUGCGUUGCUUCCACUUUGGCUGUACUACGUCUGAGCUUAAAUACCUUUUCUAUCCUGUUGAUUUAUUUUUUUCGGACUUUUUAUUUUUAUUUUUUAUUAACCAAUCAUCGUUACAAGACAUCAACAUACAAUCUGAGAGUUUCCUCAAUUCAUAUACUAAAAAAACAGCCAUGAUCACCAGAAAAAGAGGAAGAAGCAGCCUUAACGAUGAUGGCACAUCUACAAGUACCUCCCAUGAGAGUGAUGGCACUUCGAAAACCAGUAAUUCAAGCGAAACAAACACGCACACUUCUCCAGAAAGUGACACCAAUGACUGGGGCCUGGAUGACCUACUUGGCUCUGAGUUCAACUGGGACCUGGACAACGAUGUGCUGGAUGUUUUUGGCAACCUUGCCUCACAGACCAACGAUGAGAUGAGCCAAAGUGCAGUGCUUGACGUUCCGGUAUCCCGCAGCAGAGGUGUGGUCCAGAGGUCAAAACUGCAAGACGUCUCCGGUCGGAUCAUCAACAAGAAUGCCAUUGCGGCAAGGAUGAACAGAUUAAAGAAGAAAGAAUACGUCAGUGGCUUGGAGCAGAGAGUUGGCUCUUUGACAACAGAAAACCGUGUUCUCAAGCAGGAAAAUGGGAAUCUCAACAAGAGAGUGGAAGAGUUGGAGAAUGAAACUAGGAAUCCAACGAGAAUGACCACGAUUAUGCCAUGCCGAGGAAGAGGGUGAAGGUGGAAGACAAAGAUACUGCAGGUGGUGUCUGCCUGCAUGUGGAUAAAGACCACGUCUCGGUGGAAUUCUGCACCAAGUGUGCUGAGAGUUCAAGCUUGUCGCAUAAAAUGUAGGGUCAAGUAUUUUACCUUUUCAACGUUUCCCGAGACUGAACAUUGCACAAGGUGUAAAUGAGGGGACAUGACAACAGUAGUCAAAUAUAGAGUUAACUGUUUAAAAUGUGUGCAGAGCUUGAAUGGCAUGUCUAUUGAACCUGCUUUCAAUACAAGUUACUGCUAAACUUGUUGACAGUUUUCUUCUAGGUGCUUGGUCCGCCAUGCUGGACGCCUGGGUCACAGAACAUCCACGACUGCUGAAAUCCAUGUGGAUUUUGCUGUGGGGAAAGCAGAAGAGUCGGGACCAGCAGCUUGCAUCAUGGCCUGGUAAAUUUAAAAAAAGGUAGUACAUGAAACCGUGUAAGUUACAGCUUUUACUGACUCUCUAUCACACCCCUAAAGAUGUCAGAUGCUGUCAUGCUCAUUUAGCAUCUAAAUGAGCGUUUAAACUCUUCUGUUUGUAGUAAUGUUUGCUUACAAGACAUUCAACAUCUUUGUUAUAUCCAUGUGUUUCAUCUUGAUUUGUUAAAGCACUUGGACUUUAUUUGACAGUUGUCCAGAUGAAGAGAAAUGGUAUGUUUUAAAACAGGAUUUUCAAAGGGUUAUGAUUUCUGAAUAAGUCAUCUAUAUGUGAGAUGUAAUUGAAAUCCAAAGACUGUGCAGGCACGUGCAGCUGUGCUGAAAUAAAAUGUAAUAAAUUUUCUUUUGAGUAAUGCAAAA